AUGGUGAACGUCUUCAAGCGGAUGCGGAAGCUGAAAACCAUCCUUAACGUCCGCGUGGGACCCGGUGCCGCCAUUCUUCCUUCUGCUACCUCUGCGACCCAAGAAUUCCCAGCCAUCACCCGUCUACACCUCACAUACGCCCAAAAGAUCUAUGGCGGUCACCAAGGCGCACGGCAUUUCUGGCGCAACUGUCUUCCCCGGCUCAAGUACCACAACCCAGGUCUUCAGAUGACCGUGAAGCAGACACAAGAACAGGAGGGACCGGCAGCCUUGACGAUAUACUUCGCAGAGCGCGCGAGCAACGCCGCUUCGUUGACCGCGGCAAAGGUCGAGGAUAAACACGCCCCAGCGCCGGAGUCAACAGAAAAGACAGCCAUUCUGGAUGUGAAGAAUCUCGAUUACAAGGAGAUCUGGAACAAGGUUAAGAUGGUGACCGGGGCCCAGGAAGUGCCUGCUACUCCCGAGGAGGAGGCGGAGCUGCAGAAGCUGGAGCAAAUGCGUCAGCAGUCGGACAAGGACCGGGUACGGCUAGCCGCUAUCCGCCAGGCCAAGAAGGACCAAGAGCGGAUGUUACAAGAGGCUCGGGGAGAAAUUGAGAAGCUGAAGCAACUGUAA